CUUGUGGUCAUGGGAUCUAUAAUUUCGUUUUUGUCUAGGCUGGUGAGAGCUCUGCUUAUUCUGUAAAGUGAUGUCAGGUGGAUCUAUGUUCUGGAAGAAACAAAGAGGCAGCGAAAGCAGCGCGGGGGAAGUUUGAGCGGCGAGGAUGCAGGCUGUGUACUGGUACGCGGUCCUUCUGCUGCAGCCCACUCUCUACCUGGUUACCUGUGCAAAUCUAACAAAUGGAGGAAAAACAGAACUUCUAAAAUCAGGAAGCUCCAAAUCCACACUAAAGCACAUAUGGACAGAAAGCAGCAAAGACUUGUCCAUCAGCCGACUGCUGUCACAGACUUUUCGUGGAAAGGAAAAUGAUACAGAUUUGGACCUGCGAUACGAUGCCCCAGAAACUUAUUCUGAGCAAGAUCUCUGGGACUGGCUGAGGAACUCCACAGAUCUGCAAGAGCCUCGGCCCAGAGCAAAGAGACGGCCCAUCGUCAAGACUGGGAAAUUUAAGAAAAUGUUUGGCUGGGGAGAUUUUCAUUCCAACAUCAAGACUGUGAAGCUAAAUCUGUUAAUAACAGGGAAAAUCGUUGACCAUGGCAAUGGGACGUUUAGUGUUUACUUCAGGCAUAACUCCACUGGUCAAGGGAAUGUAUCUGUGAGCCUAGUGCCCCCUACAAAAAUAGUGGAAUUUGACUUGGCACAACAGACAGUGAUUGAUGCCAAAGAUUCCAAAUCCUUUAACUGUCGAAUCGAGUACGAAAAGGUUGACAAGGCUACCAAGAAUACACUCUGCAACUAUGACCCUUCAAAAACCUGUUAUCAGGAGCAGACCCAGAGCCACGUGUCAUGGCUCUGCUCCAAGCCCUUUAAAGUAAUCUGUAUUUACAUUUCCUUUUAUAGUACAGAUUAUAAACUAGUACAGAAGGUGUGUCCUGAUUACAACUACCACAGUGACACACCCUACUUCCCUUCAGGGUGAGGACCAACUUGUGUCUGAGACUGAAGCCUGGGGAAUAAAAGAGGUCGAAUAACAGGGCUGUAACCUCAAGGAGGAAGGCCACAUCUAUUGCCUGGAAUGUGUCUACCUGCUGCUGCUGCUGAUGUCAAAUGGCUGCAAAUAUGUUAGUGGAAAACAAUCUAAUGUAAUUUUUGCCCAGUCAGCUCCAUGUAUCCAUCUAGGUGUAAAUCACUAUGGAUUUGAAAUAAAACCAUGCACAUACACAGAGACACACACGCACACUUUUCUGCUCACAUUAUUGAGAUUCCUGUUAAGAAAUCUUUCAUUGUCUGAUAUCUGAGGAUUCAGCAUAACCUAUCAUCAAGCAAAAUGGAUUAACUAGACAGUACAAGGUUUCUAAGGCAGACUGUUAUGGAAAUCUCCUUGAAAGUCCUUUGAGUACAUGCCAAUCAAUAAUCCCCACUCAUGCAUUCUACUGCUUGGAGCAGCUGUACUGGUAAAUAAUACUGUAGGAAUAAGUACUUGUUAAAAUGGAAAAAAAGUGUGUUUAGAGUUCAGUAUUCCGUAUUAUAUGAACACAGCAAAGUGUCAUGACUUUUCCCAGCACACAGUAGGCACAUUCAAGGUGGUGUUGGUGGCUCUUUUUCCAUGGAGCAAGCCUGUUUCUAGUAAAGAUGGGCAAGCAUUUGGAAUUUACAUGUGAGCAGACAUUCUGGUUUAAUGUUUCUCUGACUCUUUAAGCUCUGAUUCUUUAAACUUGUUAGAGUUUAGGCCAGCUAAACUACUUAAAAACUGGAAUUGAUCUCUAAGAAGGAAAAUGCCUGGCAGAGAACAUGUAAGUUAUAAGUGGCUGUCUUAUCUUUAUUACAAAAUAUUGUAACAAAUUCAAUAUCCUAGUCUUCAUUUGUAUGAAUGGUUUGUAUUGUACAUAAUUUAACCAGUGUUAUUUGAGCUGCUUAUUAAUAUUAACUUGUAAUUGUCUCUCUGCUUGUUAUUGUUUAAAACAAUCAAGGAAAUGAGGAAUCCAUUUUAUCAAUGUAGCUGUAAACUCCAUUAAAAGACAGAACUAUGUACAAAGCAUUUAUUCAGCUAAAGUAUU